AUGUAUAAUAUUGCUCCGCAAAUCGGUUAUGGACAUUCUUCAUCCAUAUCACCCCAAGUAAUAGUUUCUGGUGUAAAUAUUGGGAAUGAAGGUGGUCCUCAUAUACCCAAUGUCCGUCUUUCAUUUAUUACCGCGACGGACCAAUCUAAAUUCGAACAACUUUUUCUUGAGAAUACAGCGGGAAGAAAAUACCUAACCGGCGAUGUAGCAAGUAGGAUUUUAACGCAUUCAAAAUUAUCUACCGAUGCAUUGGCUAAAAUAUGGACAUUAUCAAAUAUAACUUCCAGUGGAAAUCUUACUUUUCCUGAAUUUGCUCUUGCUAUGUAUUUGACCAAUUUAAAAAUUAAAGGUCAAGAAUUACCAAAUUCAGUUCCAGAAAAUAUUCAUAAUGAACAAAUACAGAGAAGUAAUAGUCCAUCACAACAACAAAUUAUGCAACAACAAUAUUCUGGAAUGAAUAUGGUUUCUAGUGUUCCCAAUGUUGGACAAUAUCCUUCUUCUUCAUCUAUUACCACUUCUAUGGGAAAUAUUAUAAUGCAUGAUAUGACGCCUUUUACAAGAAGGAUGAUGCCACAACAAAAUCCUCCUCAACAAUAUAGUACUAUUGAAUUACAGGGAAAUGUAAAAAUUCCUUGGGCUGUGACUCCUGAAGAAAAAGCUCAAUAUCUGGAAAUAUUUAGACAAUGGGAUUCAUCGGGAUUAGGAUAUUUAACUGGCAAGAAUUUAUCUGAUCCAAAUAAUAAUGGAAAAUUAAAUCAAGAUGAAUUUGCUGUAGCCAUGCAUUUAAUAUAUAGAAAACUCAAUGGUUAUGAUGUUCCUACAACUCUCCCUCCUGAGCUUAUUCCUCCUUCCACGAGAGAGUUAACUGAAAGUGUUAACCAACUUAAAUCACUUUUAUCUUCUGACGUACGAGCUUCACAAACGGGAUUGACCCCAAGUGGUCCUCAAUAUUUGAAAUCUAGAAGUUUUACUGGUACACCUACAAUUGAAAGAAAUGAUGCAGUGGCAUAUAAACAUAAGGAUGAUGAUGCAACUUAUGUAUCAGCUGCUAGAAGACGUGUUCCUUCAAUAUCUCGUAGUACCUCUAGUUCAUUUUCUUCCUUACAUACAUCAACAGGUUCAGAGACACUUGGAGAUGAUUCAUCAAACAAAUUAUCCGAAUUACGAAAACAAAUUCAUGAAAAGCAAAUUUUAUUAGAUGCAUUGUCUUAUUCCGCUGAAUCUGCACCAAUUUCACAUGAUUAUUCUUAUUCAAGUGAUAUGACCGAUACUUUUGACUUAAAGUAUAAAAUUAAGGAUUUACAGAAACAAAUAGAAAAUGCAAAGGAUUCUCAACCAGAGUGGGUUUCUCGAGAGUAUAAUAGGAAUUUUGAUGAAUUAAAUUCCAUGUUAAAUCAACAUCAUAAUUUAGAUAAUGACCUAAACAAUAUGCUUUCAAGUAUUGUUCCAAAUUUGAUUGUAAAGGUUCGUGAAAUUAACAAUAAAAUUGUUGAUGCAAAAUUAGAACUUUUUAGAAUUCGUGAUACACAAGGUGGUGGAUCAAACAUUAUAGGCACUGGUCCAGGUGGAACUAUUACGGAAGCGGACAAAAUUAAAGCAAAGGCACGGGCUAUGGUUCAAGAACGUGUGGCACGAAUGACGGGAAAAUCUAUAACAUCAAGACGAUUUGAUGAAGAAAAAUCUAAAGCUUAUUCUGAAAAGGCUACACGUGAACAGAGAAUUGAAGAAAUUGAAAGAACUGUGUCAAAGUUACAAAAUUCUAUGAUAGAAUUAACAAGGCAACGUGAAGAAAUUGAAGAAAAAUUACGACAAUUUAAUAAAGGAUCUCUUGCUAGUGAUAUCAAAAAAUGGGAAGAUGGUAUAGGUGUUAGCGAUGAAGUUCGGAAAUUCAUAGAAGAACUCAAAAGUAUUGGAAAUAUAACAUCAUCAAGGAGUGAUUACUUAUCAAGUAGUAAAGAUACUUAUAACGAUAAUUAUCAAGACACUUAUAAAGACACUUAUAAAGAUAAUAACCAAAAUACUUAUAAACGUUCAACUUCUUCAACUUCGAUUUACAUUUCUUCUAAUGUUUCAGCCCCAAGUUCUUUAUCUAAGGCAAAAACCCGUGAAGAACGUGAAGCAUUUAUUAAAGCAGAAGGUGCUCGUAGAAUUCAAGAAAGGUUUGCAAAUCUUGGAAUCAAACAGACAAAUACUCCACCUACUGCUCCCGGUUCUCCUACACUUACAGACCGUCUCGCACGCGAAAAAGCCGAGGCGGCUGAAAGGGAAGCUCGAGCCGAUCGUGAACACGAAGAACGUGAACGUUUGCGUAGUCAAAAAUUAUUAGCAGAGAAACAAAAGAAAGCUGAACUAGAAGCAGAAAAAUUAAGAAAAAUGGAAGAGUUUGAGCGGAAUGAGGAAUCAAGAAAAAAUCAGUGGCUUUCUGAAGCAAAAGAACUUGAACAUGCGAAAGAUAAGAAAGCACGUGAUAAAGAAGAAGCGGCCCGUGCAAUGGAGUUAGAAUUAGAAAGACGUCAUCUAGAGGAAGUUGAAAGAGAAAAACGACAAAAAGAAGAACGCUUGGCACGUAUUAAAAGAGAACAGGAAGAAAGAGCGGCAGAAGAAGAGCGACGAAGACUUGAACAAGAAGCUUUAAUAGAAAAUUCAAGAGCAGCUAGAGAAAGAAUCAAAAAAAGGGAAGAAGAAGCUAAACAACGUGAGGAAAAGGUAGAAACAUUGCCAAAGGUUACGAGAGAAAAUUCACUUGAAUCAUACUCUAAGGUUACGAGAGAAAAUUCACUUGAAUCAUACUCUAAGGUUACGAGAAAAAAUUCACUUGAAUCAGACUCUAAGGUUACUGAUUUACCAGAAGAAAAUGUGAAUAAUAAUCCAUUUUUAAUGUUUAAUAAGAAAAAUGAGAAUGAACAAUCUAAUGUUGAUGAUCAAACUAAUAGUGAGGAACAGAACACAAAACCGAUAACUAGUACAAAUCCUUCUCCAAUACAAUUAACAACACUUUCAAAUUCUUCACCUUCACAUGUAUCAACUGAUCGAAAUGCUUUGUUAAGUCAAAUUCAACAAGGGAAAAGAUUGAAGCCUACCAAAACUAUAGAUAAAUCGGCACCACUUAUUAGUGGGAAGACAUCAUCUACAACAUCCCAGUCUAACAAUAAUUCACAUGCCAGUUCAUCCAAUGAUUCGCCUUCCAAGUUUGGUUUACCUGGAUUGCCGGGAUUAGGUGGAUUACUAGCGGCAGCCAUUCCCAAUCUUAAAAGUCGAGAUAGUAAUAAUAAUAAUGAUCGUUCAGUAGUAACAGAAGAAAGAACAAUUUCAGAAACUUCUCAACAAAAAUCUAAAUCUGAUCGUAGAGUAUCUACAGAUUGGUUUGGUAGUUUAGCAUCAGAUCAACUUGCAGGUGAAGGAACGACAGCUUCACUUGCCAUAAGUAAUAUUAAUCAAAAUGAAGCAAUAAAUCAACAACAACAAUCUGUUGAAACAUCAUCACCUAUUACUUUGUCAACAGUAGAUGAUGAUAUAGAUUUUAAUCAAGAAUUUCGAGUAAAAAGUAUUUAUCCAUAUUCCGGUAAUAAUGGACCGGAUGAUCUUCAAUUUGAUAUGGGGAUCGUUUUCAUUGCACAUCCAUCGAAGAAUGAAUCAAAUCAAGAUUGGUGGUAUGGAAAAAUUGAACAAACCAAAUCAAAAGGCUGGUUUCCAAAAACUUAUGUAGAACUAUAUAAAGAAGAAAAAGAAAUUUGUAAAGCAAGAGUUCUAUUUAAAUGGGAGGCACAAAAUUCGGAGCAACUUAACAUUGAAGAAGGAAAUGUUAUAUCAAUCCUUGACAAGGCAUUAGGAGAUUGGUGGAAGGCAGAAUAUGAAGGUGCUAAAGGAAUUAUUCCCGCCAAUUAUGUCGAAGAAAUUACUAGUAGUAGCGCAGAUGAAGGUGAGUCAAGUGAAGAAGAUAAUGAAGAUGAUGAAGAAGAUGAAGAAAAUGGUGAUGAUUAUGAUGAGGAUGAAGAUGAUAAAGUAGAAAAAAAAGAUGAUGAUCAAGAAUAUUCAUAUGAUAUAGCAUUUUCAGAACCGAUAGAAAUACCAAGAUUCAAUAUUCAAUCAGAACAAUCACCUAAAAGAUUAGAUUUUAGAAAAUCGACAAUAUCAACAAUAUCUUCCACAAAUUCAUUAACAUCAACAUUAUUAACAGCUGAUGGAGGACCAUCAGCAUCAACAUCAACCUGGACAUCAAUAAUAAAUUCCGCAUUAAUAGAGAAUCUAAGUAAAGAAGAACGUAAACGACAAGAAUCUAUAUACGAAUUAAUAUACACAGAACAUACAUAUUGUCGAGAUUUAGAAAUGAUAAUAGAUGUAUUUCAAAGACCAAUGCAAGAAUAUUUAACAAAAAAAGAAUUAAAUUUAGUAUUUUCUAAUAUUUAUGAUUUAUUAUUAUGUAAUCUGGUAAUUUUAAGUGAAUUGGAACAAAGACAAAAACAAGAUGAAUUUCUAUUAGAUAACGUAGGGGACAUAUUGAUAAAACAUGUUAAUGAAUUAAGAUUAUAUAAAACUUAUUGUGGAAAUCAAUUGAAUGCUAUUAAUUUCUUACAAAAGAAAAUUAAUGAAGAUAAAAAAUUUUAUGAUUUCUUAAAGAAAUGUCAACAAGAUUCCAGAUGUGGGUCACUAGAUUUAUCUAGUUUUUUAUUGAAACCAUUACAAAGAAUAACUAGAUAUCCUUUAUUGAUAAGACAGAUAUUACAUUAUACUAGUAAAGAUAAUGAAGAUCAUAAAAAUUUGAUGGAAGCACUUCAUAAAGCAGAAGAAAUUUUAGAAGAAACUAAUGAAGCGGCAAGAGAGCAAGAAAAUGAAAUUAAGUUAGCAGAAAUAUCAAAUAUGACAAGAUUGGUUGGGAAAAGGCAAUUCAUUCUUGAGGGAUCAUUAAAAAAAGUAAAAAGUGGAAGAAACUUAUAUGGAUAUCUUUUCAAUGAUAUAUUAAUUCUCUGUCAACAAGUCAAAAAAUCUACAAGCAAAGGUGAAGAUUGCUUUCAAGUGAUUCACAUACAAGAUAUAAUAAAAUUAAGAGCUCCUAGUGUUUCAGUAAAAAGACAAUGGGUUAAUCAACUAGAUACUGCUAGUGGAUAUUGUAGUGCUCCUGCAUCAGUAGAUAGUAUUAGUGGAACACUUAGAGUUUUGGUAUAUGAAGGAAAAGUUCCAAUAAAAGAAUUUGAACAUGUUAUAACAUUAGAAGAUACAUUAAAAGUUUCCUUAUUUAAUUAUGAUAAAUAUUCACGAGAUGAAUAUUUAGGCCAAGCAGAAAUUGGAUUACAUCUUUUAAAUUAUUAUGGAGACAAUGAAACUGAACAAAUUAGAUUACCAUUAAAAGAUGUUCCACCUGGAAAGACUCCUGGUCAUAUAUGUUUAUAUUUAAGUUAUAAAGCUACUCAAUAA